AUGGUUUCAGACUCACAAGAUGUCUUUCCAUGGCACCUGGGCGUUUUCGAUGCCCAUUGCCAUCCCACAGACAUCAUGGGCAACAUCCCUUCCAUACCGGGCAUGCAAGCCCGUGCCUUGAUUGUCAUGGCCACGCGAGGCGAAGAUCAAGACUUGGUUGCGCAGCUUGCUGAUGAGUACGGAAUCAUGCAGUCUCCGCCAAGUGUGGGAAUGGCAAUGGCAAUGGGAAUAGGAAUAGAUAACGCGAGGAGGGAAUGCGUGAUAGCGAGUUUCGGGUGGCAUCCGUGGUUCUCGCAUCUGAUGUUUGACGAUACUGGCGACGCUAUCCGAGAAGCCACAGAGGAUUUCAAAAGAAGCCAUUAUCAGGCUGUCUUGACGCCUAAGCCGGAAGAUGCUAAUUUUCUCGCAUCGCUACCAAAACCGCGGUCUUUGAAGGCCUUUCUCGAAGAGACGAAGAGGUAUUUGGAACAGUAUCCCACGGCCCUGGUUGGGGAAAUAGGUCUGGACAGAGGCUUUCGUCUUCCUGGACCAUGGACUGCAGAGUUGCUGGAGUUCAGAGACCAUAGUUUGACGCCUGGUAGCAGAGAAGGCCGAUCAUUGACGCCCCAUCGCGUCCAAAUGUCCCACCAAAAAGCAGUACUGAAAGCACAGCUCAAGCUCGCCGGAGAAAUGAACCGCCCCGUGUCAGUCCACGGCGUUCAAGCCCACGGUUUCGUCUUCGACACUCUUUCGGAAUCCUGGCGCGGCUUCGAAAAAAAAGUCAUCACCAAGAGGGAGCGGGAACGAGUCGCGAGAAUCCCACUGCCGCCAGCAGAUGACGAGGAAGAGGUCUCAGCAACAGAUAGUGAGCCUAGGCCAUUUCCUCCUAGGAUAUGUCUGCAUUCAUACUCCGGGCCUCCAGAGCCGCUGAAGCAGUAUUUUCAUCCGUCAACGCCGGCAGAUAUUUACUUUUCGUUCUCGGCGGUGAUCAACAUGGCCGAGCAGGUGAGGGCGAGGGCGGAUGAAGUUAUUAGAAAUGUGCCGGUGGAGAGGGUGCUGGUCGAGAGUGAUCUGCAUGUUGCGGGGGAGGAGAUGGAUAGAAGGUUGGAGGAGAUCGUGAGGCAUGUUUGCGAAGUGAAGGGCUGGGAGUUAGAAAUAGGGGUUCGGAGGCUUGGGGACAAUUGGAGAAGAUUUGUGUUCGGUUGA